AUGGCUAGGCACGGAGAUGUUCCUUUUGCAUCUCAGGAUGUACAGGAAGUCCAAAAACUUAUUCGAAACCUCCAUGACAGCAAAGACAAAAAGAAAGGUUUUAGCUGCAAGGAAACCUCCUUUGAGGUCGAUGGAUCUCCUGCAAAUCUUGUUGUCAAGUCAUGGCGUUUUCAAGAUUGGGACUACAAGCGUCAUGACUUACCAACAUACGCUCGAGGUCUCUUUACCAGCAAAAAUGAAAAAGAUCAGGAAGAGAUCGCAACUCGUGGCUAUGAUAAGUUCUUCAACACGGGAGAGGUCGAAGCUACGAAAUGGACAAAUAUCGAAAAUAACACCAAAGGUCCUUACGAACUGAGUCUCAAGGAGAAUGGGUGUAUUGUCUUUAUUAGCGGACUUCACGAUGGCACUCUAUUGGUUUGUAGUAAGCAUUCUACCGGUCAAGGAAAUAAACCAGAAAUGAGCCACGCAAAAGCCGGGGACAGAUGGGUCGACAAACAGCUCCAAGCCAUCGGGAGAACUCGUGAGGAGCUCUCCAGAGAGCUAAGAAAAAGAAACGCUACUGCCGUGGCUGAACUUUGUGAUGAUGACUUCGAGGAGCACAUCUUAGCUUAUGGUAAAGAGGAUGCAGGGCUUUACCUCCAUGGUAUUAAUAUCAAUCUUCCGGAGUUUAUGACAUAUCCUGGUGACCAAGUUCAAGCCUUUGCAGCCGAAUGGGGCUUCAAGAAGACCGAUUUCCUGGUAAUGGAUGACAUUGAAGUCGCAAAAUCUUUCCUAGACCAAGUAGCUGAAAGUGGAUCUUACCAAGGACGUGAUAUCGAGGGUUUCGUUAUUCGAUGCAAGGCUCGUCCCAACUCAACGGGCACAUAUUCGGAUUGGUUCUUCAAGUAUAAAUUCGAGGAGCCAUAUCUUAUGUAUAGACAAUGGCGUGAAUGUACAAAAACCUUAAUCUCUGGAAAAGCACCUCGUUUCAAGAAGCAUAUUAAGAUCACUGAAGAAUAUCUUCUCUUCGCACGAAAAUGUCUUGCCGAGAAUUCUAAUUUAGGAAAAGAGUACGCACAGAAUCAUGGCAUCAUUAAGUUGAGAAACGAUUUCCUAAAGGAAAUCAACUUGAAAGGUUCGGAUAUCAUUCGCCUAGAAUAUUCCCAACUUGGAGGCCCACAGGAGGAAGUGAGCAACAAUAUCAUUCUGGUUCCUGUUGCUACAAUUGGUUGUGGAAAGACAACUCUUGCGCUUGCUCUUGGGCAUCUCUUUGGUUGGGGACAUGUUCAGAAUGAUAAUAUUACAGGAAAAGCUCGUCCACCUCGAUUCACCAAGGAAGUUUUGACACAGCUCGAAGAAAAAUCUGUUGUUGUUGCCGAUCGAAAUAAUGCUUCGAGACACGAACGAAAACAAUUAAUUGAAGAUGUCCAUCUUACGCAUCCACACGUUCGACUGAUUGCCCUAAACUUCGUUCAUGAUCGAGCGAAUGCUGACAAAGUCCGACAAGUUACCCAGGAUCGAGUGCUUGCACGCGGUGACAACCAUCAGACUCUGCAAGCAGCAACAGAUACGAAGAAGGUUGUGGGUAUCAUGGAAGGAUUUGUACACCGUUUUGAACCAUUGAAUAUCAAUGCAGCACCGGAUGAUGGAUUUGAGUGUAGUAUCGACCUUGAUCCUACCAAGGACUCACGAGAGAACCUCGAGACUGUUGUCGGACAGCUUUCAGCACAGUUCCCAAAGCUUUUUACAGAUUUACCUACGAGCAAGGACCUUGAUGAGGCCAUUCAAGUAGCAUUGAGCGAUUACAAACCAGAUCUCAGACAUGACGUUGGCCGUGGUCCGCCUAAGAACAACAAUAGGAACCAGCAGAAGGAAAAGAAACCUGUACGUGAUGAUGAAGAACAUGAUGAUCAAAUACCAAAAAACCAACCACAGAUCACACAGAAGAAAAAACCAUUAGAAUACGUCUCCAUCUCUCUCCCUCGAAACAAUAUCAAACAGACACUUGACGAUGCGUUUGGUCGUGUAUCUUCAAGUAAAGCUAUGUUUUACAAAGCACUAGGACAAAGUCAACGAGUUCAGCCAGAGUUUCAUGUCACCCUUAUCCAUCGAGCCAAUUCCAAACAAUAUCCCGAGUUAUGGCAAAGAUACAGUGAUAUGCAUGCAGAGGCAGGUGGUAACAAUGGAUGGAGCGCAGGAACCGAAUUUGGCGAAUGCCAAGUUAUGCUAGAGAGAAUCGUAUGGGAUGACCGUAUCAUGGCCAUCGUAGCCCGAAUCGUCGACAACGGAUGGGAAUGCACCAACGAAAUAGCACACAUCACCAUCGGUACCAGAGGAGAUGACGUGAAACCCAAGGAAAGCAAUGAUUUGUUGAAACGCUGGCUUGUGGAGGGUAGUGGUGAUGAGAGCAGAAUCGGGGAGAUUGCGAUUGAGGGAAGGAAGAUUGUCCACGGAGCUGUUAAGGGGGUUCUGUCUAAAUGA